UAAACAGAGCCUCUGCAUCUUUAUAAACGAUGACAAAUUGUGUGAUUUACUUUGAAAAGCAAGAUCCGGAAGUGAAGCUGUCGCUUUCCGUAACUUGACUAUUAUAAAAGCCCAAAGGAAAGUGAACUGGGAGCUGAGCAUCAUCAUCCUGGGCAGGGGGAGCCAAGAUGUUUACUCUUUCUAGUUUUAUGGACCAACAUUAACCUCUCCAGCCGCCAUGUCGUAGACCAGGCAGGCGCAUACAUGAAGCCUUCCUGGAAGCCGAGGACCGAGGAAGUGAGGGGGCUGUGACCGAGUAAGGGGAGGAUGUACUGGGCUGCUGGCUUCGCCUCUUCCCGGCCGUGUGUGGUAGAUCUCGGGCGGAAUCACAGCCUCCCCCUCGGGCUGUGUGUGUCCGAGCAGCACCAGUCGUUGUAUGGAUAUAUUAUCGCCUUCCCUUUGCAGGACUACGGAGGCAUCAUGACGGCUUUGGCGUCAGACUCCUGGUGGAAGAAGACCCUCUACAUCACCGGAGGGGCCCUCCUUGCUGCUGCAGCCUACAUACUACACGAGCUGCUCGCCAUCAGGAAGGAGCAGGAGCUGGACUCUAAAGAUGCCAUCAUCCUCCAUCAGUUCUCCAGGCCAAAGAACGGCGUUCCCAGCCUCUCACCUUUCUGCCUCAAAAUAGAGACUUAUUUAAGAAUGGUUGACUUGCCCUACCAGAACUAUUUUGAUGGGAAGCUAUCCCCUCAGGGCAAGAUGCCGUGGCUUGAGUAUAACUAUGAGCAGGUCUCAGGGUCAGAGUUCAUUGUAGACUUCCUGGAAGAGAGGCUGGGCGUCAACCUCAAUCACAACCUCACGCCGGAGGAGAGAGCUGUGUCACGAGCUGUCACCAAAAUGGUGGAAGAACAUCUCUACUGGACUAUCGCCUAUUGUCAGUGGGUGGACAACCUGGAGGAAACCCAGAAGCUCCUGGCCAUGAGCGGCCCAUUUAGCAACACACUGAAGUGGCUGCUGAGCCACCUGAACGGUAGCAUGGUACGCAGAGAGAUGUAUGGACACGGCAUCGGGCGCUUCUCCAAGGAAGAAGUGUACGACUUGAUGGAGAAGGACAUGAGGACACUGGCCACACUGCUGGGGGAUAAAAAAUACUUUAUGGGCUCCAAGAUAUCAACAUUAGAUGCAACAGUGUUUGGACAUCUCGCCCAGGCCAUGUGGACGCUGCCUGGUACUCGACCAGAGCAACUCAUUAAAGGAGAACUGAUCAACUUGGCAAUGUUCUGUGAGCGGAUGCGAAGGAAGUUCUGGCCCGAGUGGUUCGUGGAGGUGGAGGACCUUUACUAUGACGGGGACAGCGAGAGCAGCGGCGGAACCCAGUCUCCGACAGGCCUACUGGACUUUGGGCUUUUCUCCAGGACUGACACGCUUGACGACAGCGACGGCAGCAGCCAUUCGGCCGGACACGCCCACACACACACCCCUAACUCUGACCACUCGCUGUUUGACUCUGAUGUGGGCACAGGGUCGGACAAUGAGAUUCAGCUGAAGGAAGACGCCAUGCCUGAUUUGGAGGUUUGACCUCAUGACCGAUGACGGCUACAAUUAUGGAGGCCGAGCGAGGACCAAGAACAUCGCUGUUCCGACUCCGAGUCUCCAGCACCCAAAAGGCGGACUGUGUGGGUAUGUUAUGCACAGCAUCAGAGCUGAAUCUUAACUUUUACAUUUUAUGGUCCAGCUUGUUCUCUCCCGAAAUGUCACAAGUGUCAAUGUGGCAGUUUCUCUUUGCCUUAUUUGUCUGGUCCUGUCAUACGAAACAUGAUGUGGGAAAUUAUAGCAGGAAGUAAACAUCUCAUGGAGGUGCACCGAGUCCCUGCUGGGAAUAAUCACCAUUUUGCCAUUUGUCUUAAAGCUGAAAGUCAUUGAAACAUUAUUUACAUUUAGAGAUCAUAUUCUUUAUGGGAAGACGACAUAUCAAAUGAAUACGCGAGUCUCCACCAAACAUCAAUCAGGAGCGGACUUUGUUUAUUUUAUAUUUAGUCAUCAGUCCAAUGGGUCAUUACAUAAUGUAGAAACAUUUAAGGUUGUAAUUAAAGCAAAUCACCAGUAGAUGGAGUAAGCAUCCUGUCAGCAAGGAUGAUCUUUGGUUGCAUCAGCAGCAACUAAUUCAUGCUUAUUACUGAGAUCAAACCAUCAGUAAAAUUUAGUGCUUGUUUUUUUUUAUUUUUUAUUAUUCUGUGAGUUUUAGUUCACCGGUGCCGCUUUAUUUAUUUUUUUAUGAAAGAUUAAUUUUAUUUUUUAAAAUUUGCUGUAUUGAUUACAAUCUCUGAAGGGAAAAUUCAGUUAUUAUUAAUGAUCUUACUUGUUAAAUACAUAUAUUUUUUUAUUAGCCUUUUAUGUAUUAUUGCUCUGGAAGGAGACAUUAUUUUGCACUAGUGAAAAUUUAUUUUCACUUUAUUAUUUUUGAUGUAAGAACUGCGUAAGAAGAAAGGAUUUGAUUUGAAAAAGGGGGGGAAUGUAGUAUUUGUGUUGUGAGGGACUACUAAAACCUGCUUGAUGUGGAUGUGGGUGUUAUUGAUGUGUGAAUGAAAUUUGAUGAAAACGUAAAAAACCCCACAAUAUUACAAAAAGGUGGGAUGUAUUUAAAAUAAAUGUUUUUUUUGUAAAUAUAUUUAAACCCUGCAAACAUUAACUUGCAUUGCAAUAUGACUAUUUGCACGAUUUUGGCUAUUAUCACUGGAUCUCAUUGAAAUUAUGCAUCGCUAUAAUAUCAUACUGACUGACUGGCAGUAAUCAUAUUGUUCUUUAUUGCCUCAGUGAGGUACACAAAAAGUCCAGUUUCAGUAUAUAAUAAAUAUUCAUAGGAGGCAAAAAAAUAUUUUUGCUAGCCUGAUUUAAAAACAAAAAUUUCAAUGAAUUUUUGUUUAAUUUUUCAGUGCUAUUAUCCUAAUUAAUUGGUGUCAAUCUAAUUUCAUGUUCUCCUCAUAGCAAUGGCACCCCUCCCCAAAUCCCACCAUUUUGUAUGUUCACGUAGGUGCGAAUGUGAUGGACAAGGAAUAUAGUAAACGGAUGGACGCAGGUAACCCAAGCAUUUUAGCAUCAUAACAACUUGUGUUUUUUGUGACCCACUUCUUCAUCCCAUCACUUUCAGCUGAACACAAUAUAGGAUCUAUGGCAGCUUCCUGCUAAACACGCUAGUGUACUUUGAUGUAAACGACACAUACACUGUGUCCCUCAGGAGUCACUUCAUGGAGUUCAUGAUAAAACUACGUUUUAUGCAGUUUUACAAUUGAUUUAAUGUUGACCUCAGUUGGGUUGAAGGUCAUCUCUAAACUUGGACACACAGAACCAAAGCUUUGUGCAUGGCUACAAACUAUCUGAGGAGGUCCUGUUGAAGAAUGAAUGAAGGCUGAAGUAAACAACUUCCAUCAUGUUGUCCUCCAUGAUGUCCCCCAAAACCCAAGUACCGCUACACACGUCUCAAACCAUGUCAAAGCAUCUCUGCUGAGGCCGUGUAAAUAUUGUACGUGUGACAAAGUGUACCAUAUCAUACCGUAUGUAGAGCAGACCGAUCACACUAUCUGUGAAUGUGUAGUCGAAAACUGGCUUGACUCGUUUCAAUAAAGAAAAGCGGAGACCGUUUUAAAUUGA